UUUUUUGAGGAAUUUAACUGUUUGUUUUCUUUGCAGUAUCACCUAAUGCUAAAGAAAUUUUGCAUAGAAGCAAAUCUUGUGCCACUUAAGUGGGAACCUUCACAAGGCAAAUUAUUUGAGUUCAAUUCUGAAGUCUGACCCUCAACUGAAGAGUUUCGACUCCACCUUAUUUUUUUUUUGCUAAGAAGACAGACUCCACCUUGUUGAAUUCAUUUCUUCCACCUCUUUACUCUUGAAAGUAGGUAAAGUGGUGUAAAUUAUGGAAAAGGAUGAUGAUUCAGGUAGCCCUAGUUGGAGCGCUUCAUUCUUCAUCCAGACCAAGGAAGAUGUAGCAAGGGCAGUUGCUGCAGCAACAGCCGCUGCCACUUCGGUUCAUUCACCUCGACCGUCUGUAAUAUAUUCAUCAAAUGAUGAGAAUGGCAGUAGUCCACUUAAAAAACUUCAUCAACAAGUUACUAAAGUCUUAAAAGGUUUUUCUCAUCAGCCAGAAAGAAACCUUACUUACAACCCCGAACUUCUAACAAGCCAAAAGCGUCAAUGGGCAAGAUUUCAAGUGCAACACUUGGACCAUAAGGCCUUGAAAGAACCAUCAAGAAUUUUUGAGAGCUUGGUAGUGGUUGGACUUCCUCCUAAUUGUGAUGUUGAAGCUCUUCAAAAACGGUACAUUGGUAGAAAGUCUGAAGGUUCAGGAAAAUUUAGAACUACACUUAGCAGUCAGCAACAAUCCCGCGUGGAACCAAACAUUGAACCUCAGGUCUUAUUUGUUUAUCCUCCUGAGAAACAGUUGCCUCUUAAAUACAAGGAUCUUCUUUCAUUUUGUUUACCUGGUGGUGUGGAGGUUCAUGCGGUGGAGAAAACUCCUUCAAUGAGUGAGCUGAAUGAAAUACUACUUGGACAGGAACAUCUCAAACAAAGUAACCUGUCAUUUGUAUUCAGGUUGCAGGUUGCUGAUGAUUCAACAUUAUAUGGUUGCUGUGUAUUGGUGGAAGAAAUUGUACAAAAACCAUCUGCAUUGAUAUCCAUGGUUUCAGAUGGGCAGUAUAGUAGUCCAACUCUGAGUCGCCAUGUGCUAACCACACACAGAUGUUACUGUAUUCUGUCAAGACUUCCUUUUUUUGAGCUGCAUUUUGGUGUAUUAAACAGCUUAUUCACUGAAGAAAGGUUGGAGCGGUUAACAAAAAGUAUUGGUGUUUUAGACUUGGAGUCUGAGGAUUACAGUAAACAAGAAAAUUCAGGCGUCCAAAACAGAGCAAACAACUCACUUAAUGAAACAACAAGAGUUCCUUAUUUGGAUUCUAAUGGUCAUACUAAGAGUGAUGAGAAUGAAAGUUGCAUUCCAAGUCAUCAAGUUGUAGAAGAGAUCAAUGAGGAUUGCAGCCUACACAAUGAAGUGGUAGAGGAUAUUGAUGAGAGUUGCAAUCCACACCAUCAAGAUGUAAAGGAAAUUAACGAGAGUUGCGAUCCACACCAUCAAUGCAAUGAUGAUAUUUCUGUAAAUCAUGCUGAACAAUGCACUGAGAAAUUUCUAGACAAAACAGAAUCUGGAGCUGAAACUCAGGCGUCUGAAGCUUUUGAUGCUUGUGUCACUAGUGGUGAUGAUUUUGUGGCAAUCAAGCAACCAAAUGAAAAGCGCCUUCCAAGUGCUGUGUUGCCUCUUCUUAGGCAUCAACAGUAUGAAAGUUCUGAAUCUUCCUCAAGCUUCCAAGGUUCCCCUUGCGAAGAUAGAAUCUUUCGGAGUGACGUUGAUGAUGCAGAGACAGAGGAAGCAUCCUUUUCGGGUCAAGGAUAUUCUUCUGACUACAAUGAUAUCCUCAAAUGGGCUAAGGCAAACAAUCAUGGGUCCUUGCAAAUAAUUUGUGAGUACUAUAAUCUAGAGUGCCCUGUCAGGGGUGCAACAAUUAGCUUCCACCCAAUAGAGCACCUGCAUCCAUUGGAAUAUCAUAGACCUGAUGAAGCAACCAUGCAUAUUACUGGCUCGAGAAUUGACUUCAAUACAUGCAAAACUAGUUUAGAAUUAGCUGAGGCAUAUAGUGCACUUUUGGCAGAGGAAGAGGCAACUGCUUUAUCUGUGUGGGCAGUUGCAUCCUUAUGUGGCUCCUUACGUCUUGAACAUGUGUUGACAUUCUUUGCUGGGGCUCUGUUGGAGAAGCAGAUUGUGGUUAUUUGUUCCAAUUUGGGAUUGCUAUCUGCUUCAGUUUUGUCCGUGAUCCCAUUGAUCCGUCCCUUUCGUUGGCAGAGCUUGUUGAUGCCGGUUCUACCUGAUGACAUGCUGGACUUCUUGGAUGCUCCUGUUCCAUAUAUUGUUGGUGUGAAGAACAAAACCAUUGAGGUGCAGUCCAAGCUGACAAACGUCAUUGUUGUUGAUGCAACCAAGAAUCAGGUGAAGUCGUCAGCUAUACCACAGCUUCCCCACCAAAAGGAGUUGUACUCAUUGCUGAUCCCAUACCAUGCAAAGCUCGUGGGAGAGAGUUUCUUGGGUAGAAAGAGACCCAUUUAUGGCUGCACGGAUGUGCAGGUCGAAGCUGCCAAGGCUUUCCUGCGAGUGCUGAGGACUUAUUUGGACUCUCUUUGCUCAAAUCUUCGUUCUCAUACUAUUACGAAUGUUCAAUCCAAUGAUGAUAAAGUUUCUUUGCUAUUAAAGGAGAGUUUUAUCGAGUCAUUCUCCUCCAAGGAUCGGCCUUUCAUGAGGCUUUUACUGGACACACAGCUAUUCUCUGUACAUACGGAUCUUGUACUCUCAUUUUUCCAGAAGGAAUAGAGUUCCAUGGGAGGUGGUUUUCUCUGAGAAAGCAAGCCUGUAAUUUAUUAACUCCUUUAUAUAUAUAUUAUAUAUUUAGUAUGGUUUUUUUUACUCCAUGUUUCUCUCUCCAAAGUGAGAUAAGGGGCAAAAGUUAAAGGGAAAUGUAUGAUCCUUAUAGAAAUUAUGAUUGCACUAUUAAAGUAAUGAAAAUCACGUUUAAAUGGAUUGUAUU